AUGAUGUCAGAGCCUACCACCCGUGAGUCAUUGAGGGGGGAACAAUUCAAGGAGCGGCGGAAUAUCACGAGUCCCUUCGACAAUAAUACUGACGUUCUUCUACUACCUAGUCCGAUUGAUACUUAUCUCUGUGAAUACUUAACAGAUGUUACACAGAUGCCUUCGGGGUGUGUUCUCUCGUGUGGCGCAGGGGGGCAGCAUGACGGUGGUGACUUCAACUGCCAUGUCCACACGCGUUACGUAAAAGAGGAGAGUGAACAGGCGGAUAUUGUGGUGAACCACUUUGGGAGUGUUCCGCAACGUUACAGCAACGGGCGGCCGUACCUCACACUUUACUACUCGGGAGAAAGCAAUUACUCUGAGAUCAGGAGAGGAAGGGGUGACUACCCAGUACUGCAUGACAGGGUUGUGUCAUGUCACCAGCACCGGCAGAACUACUUCACGUAUACUCAUCACCAUAAGCCCUACUUCAUGGACAUACUGCGGAGUAACAACAAGGAUGGCGGUGAGGCUCAGAGUGCGACGUGGUCUGCAUGGAAGCAACGCCAUUCGGCGGUUGCAGUUUUUCUUUCUACUUGCCUUGCACGCCGUGCAGAGGUGAUCCAUCGUCUGUCGAGGUACUACCCCGUGCACAACUAUGGCUGGUGCGUCAAUACCCACCGUGUGCCGGAUGACUGUGCAGGCAUAGGUGGACGCUACGAUGAGAAGAUGUGUGUGAUGCGGAAGUACAAGUACGCCAUGGCGCUGGAGAACUCGAGGGAGCAGGACUACGUGACAGAGAAGGUGUACCACGCCCUCGUGAGCGGCGGCAUUCCGCUGUAUUGGGGCGCCCCGAACAUCGAUGACUUUGUGCCGAUGGGCCGGCGCAGCAUAGUGGAUGUGGAGCCAUUCAUUCCCGGGCAGCUGGGCGACUCACCAUUGGAUAACAGCACCGAUGGGGAGGGUGGGUUCAAGAGGCUCGGGGACUAUCUGCGGCGGCUUGAGUCGGAGGAGGUGUCUGUGAACCGCCUGCUUGCUUGGCGGCGUGCGAGGCGUGCGGAGGAGUGGGGCGAGAGGUUCGUCGACAACAUGAACCAUCUCGACCCGCUGUGUGCAGUCUGUGCGGAGGCCCGCGAGAAGCGGCGGAGGAAUAAUACGUCUCGUUAG